CAAACUUGGAAUGCUUCCUGGGGAGUGGCCCUGCUUGUCUUAUUCCCCAGCCAAAGGGGGGACUGACUGAAAAAGUGUAAAGAUACAUACUCAACUGCUAAAGGAGACGGUAGGAAAAGACAGAUCACUGAGCUUAACAUGCUGCCCUUGGGAUCCAAGCUUCUGCUGUGUCUCAUUGCACUCUUCAUUUCUUCUGAUUGGAUUCUGCUAGGAAUUAAUGGUCAGCGAGGAGAUGAGACAACUCAAGAGACAUUUACAGAUGAUCCUAAUUUGAUGGUGAAUGAUCCCCCAACAGACGAUACUGUUCUUGUUGAUGUUGUACCUUCCAUGGACGAUCAGGCCAUCUCCAGUGACAAAAAUGCCAGUGCAGAGUGCCGGGAGGAGCAGUUUCCCUGUACACGCCUGUACUCAGUGCAUCGGCCAGUGAAACAGUGUAUCCAUCAACUAUGCAUUGUCAAUGUCCGCCGGAUGUAUAUCAUCAAUAAGGAAAUCUGUACCAGGCUCAUCUGUAAAGAACAUGAAGUUAUGAAAGAUGAACUUUGUCGUCAGAUAGCUGGUCUUCCUCCGAGACGUCUCCAACGUUCCAACUACUUUCGUCUCCCAGUUUGUGAAGAUGUGGAGGUGCAGAGGCCCAAUGGCCUGUGAUCAUGAAGGAAGAAGAAUGGAAAGGGAAAGGGGGAAGAGGGGAGAAAAAAGAGCCAUUUAUUUCCUAGGUCAGCUCACCACAGACAUCUUGAUGUCUUUAUCUAGUUCCUCUGCUCUUUCCCAUGGCCUCUGUCCCAAACUGUCAGCGUUGAGCUCUUUCCUCAACACUUCAAGUGGUACUGCCAAUUUGUGACAUCACUGUAUAAUAGGGAUACCUAAGGACUAUAUAGGUGACCUAGAUUCCAGGAAAGUGGGGGUCAAGUAGAUGACAUAUAGGGAGAGAGUUUAUUCUUGGCAAUCUAGAGAAUUUCACAUAACUUCUUGCUUUCAAAGAAUUCUAGAAACAUUGCUUCCUCUGCUAGCUCCCCUUUAUCUAGAUAUCUCUCCCUAGUCUUCUUUUGACUUGGCUAUAGUACUAGCUAAAUUUUUAGCUUGCCUACUAAAAUCUUUCUGUUUUAUGGAAAAUUAUGGUGCUUUUAAAAAUGUGUUGUCCUCAGAAAACCAUAGUUCCUCUGAGAAUAUUUAAAGGACAUUAAAAAAAAAAAAAACUUAUAUAGGGAUCUGAGGAACAAACCAAGUAAGGGACUAAGAUCUUUUCCCUAGAAUCUUAUCUGGCAAUGCAGCUGGAAGCUGAGUAUCAUUUAUUGACUAAUUCAUUUACUCAUUAGUUCAUUCAGUCAAACAUUUAAUGAUUAUUUUGUUGACUUUUCAUAUAACAAGGAAUCCCAUUAAUCUAAAGAGCUCUAAUUGGAAUAGGUGAGUCAUUCCUAAUUAUCAGAAAACAAGCUCUUUGUCUUUGUUGACCCAUUUUCAUGACCUCCACCAAAUCUGAGAGGAAGCCUGUAAGGAAUGUAGAUUUUUAGUCCAUAGAGAAGAUUUGGGAUGUUUAGUCUACAAAUACUGUGAUUAGUUUGGAGAAAACAAAACAUUAAUAUUGAAACAGAAAGGAUAGAAGUUAGGACAAUCCGGAAAAAUAGAACAGGAAUGAGAUCCUGAAGUGAUCCAUUCCAGUAAAAAAAGUAAAUAUUGUGUCAUGGUAGAAAAAUAGUUUCCCAAAGAAAAUCCUAGAGGAAUACUUUGGAGGCUUUGUAUAAUCUAAGAAGAAAAAGGCUUAUCAAUGGAGAGUCACUGAUAAAUUCCAUAGAGAAAAUACCAGAUAAAAUAACCCAGAAGGAUUUUUUUUUUGUUGUGUUAAAAUAUUCUAUUAUUAAAAGGAUUGGGAAAUAGGUCAUUGUAUUGGGUAAGGAGUAGGAUAUAGGCAAACUGGAACAUCAUUUACAAGAUAAAUUCAUAAUACUGGGUUAAAUGUAAUGAAUUUCUAUCAGUGCAGGUCAUGUUGCUUCCUCCCUCUUGCUCCAAUUCUUAAAAAUAUAUAAAUUAUGAACUGUUCCAUAGACUAGCAUUUGUAUUUGGGCUUGGAAAAGAGCUGAAUUAUACUGGACAGAUAUUGGAUUUCUUGGAAUGAUCAGUUUAAUAUAGUGGAACACCUGAACUAAAAUUUUAAGAGACCUGCUUCUAAUCUUGUAUCUCCAAAGGAGUUGGCUGAUCAUAGAAAAAUCAUCACUAACCCUAAUUUUUGUCCUCUGCAAAAUGAAAGAGUUGGAAAUCCCUCCCCCCCCCCAAUUCUAUGAUUCUAUGGAUUAUAUUUUUAGUAUUAAUCUCUAUUAGGACCUAGAUACAAGAACCUUUUCUGGCUCAAAAAAAAAUGGCUGUCUUCUGUUAUUUGGAGAUGAAUUCACUCUGUAUUAGGACAAAUAGUCUACUAUGUAAAAGGGCAAAUUCUAGCCACAUAAGGGCUAAGUUGUUAUUUCAAAGAAUCUUUCUGGUUAAGAAUAUUAUUUCAUUUAUUUCUAGAGAAUAGAACUAUGUUCUGUCAACCAAUAAGCUGUUGGAAAUCAUCAUUUAAAGAUUAAGAUACUUUGCUAUUAUGAUAUAUUACAUGCCUCAAUGUUAAACAGUCUUAUUCGCUUAUUGGGAAUUGAUGGCUCUGAAGAACAGUUUGACGGGAUUUUGCACAUAAUUUAGCUGGUGAGAUGCUUGCAAGAACCUGAAAUUCUGCUUUUCCUUUUCUCUGUUCAGUGCAUCCUGUAGGGUUGAAUGUAGGCAUACAUAUAGACAAACAUAUUAAUUAUAUUUUUAAAACACUAUAUAGCAACUUCAUGGGUACAAAGUUUCUGAGAAUUCUUUCUAACACUUGAACCUCUUAUUAUAUGCAGGAUUAUAAGUUUUAUUUCUCUAGUGAAGGAGCCUUAAUCCUGGCAUUAUGUAUAAUGGAUAAGAAAAUCAUGAAAAGAAAUAUCAUUUCUCCCAUACUGGAAAGUAAUCCAUUGUCUCAUUAUUUCCUGCCUUAUUUCCUCAUUAUGCUGAAUAUAUAAGAUUUAGCUGUGCUCUAUUUCCAUAAUUCAUCUGUAUCUCUGGUUCUACUCCUCUGUUUUAAAUGGUUUUCUUUAGGCUGGCCCAUAUUAUUUCCUAGCAGACAGAUAUUUCCACCUCCAAAUCUUUGCCUCCUCUAAUUUUUCUCCUCUAAUUACUUCCUCUUUAUGCUUUUGCAAGUGCCAUUCUUUCUGGAUCACAUCACUCCAUCCGUUUUUGUUAUUGGCCUACUCAGCAAUCUCUAAUAAACUUCACAGGGUGAAGAUGUCAA